AUGUCGGUGUCCAAGGACUAUACUGCUCCCAGGGCCAUGCUGAUCUGGGUGGCAGAUCUCCUGGCAGAGGAGCCCCCUCCCUAUCAGGCUGGACCCGCUCGGCGACCCGGCGGAGCGGCGGCGGCUCCCGCUGCUGCGGAGGCGGCUCCCGCCGCCGCGGAGGAGGCGGCGGCGGCCGCAUUAGCGGCCACAAUCCGGCCGGAUCCUGUGGCAUUGACUAACCUGAUUGAAUCCAUCCUGGUGACUCACAGGCCGACUUGGGACGAUUGUCAGCAGCUCCUGCAGACCCUCUUAACAGUAGAGGAAAAGCAGAGAGUUUUCCUGGAGGCCCGGAAGCAGGUUCCGGGCGAUGACGGGAGGCCAUCCCAACUCCCGAAUGUCAUCGAUGCGGCUUUUCCCUUGACUCGCCCUAACUGGGAUUUCAAUACGCCUGAAGGUAGGGAACAUCUACGUCUCUAUCGCCAGUUGCUCUUAGCGGGUCUCCGAGCGGCAGCUAGAAGGCCUACCAAUUUGGCUCAGGUAAGGAAUGUGAUACAGGGAAAGGAAGAGACACCCGCUGCAUUUCUAGAAAGGUUGAAGGAGGCUUAUAGGAUGUACACUCCGUAUGAUCCAGAAGACCCAGGUCAAGCACCAGGUGUCAUCCUAUCAUUUAUCUAUCAGUCUAGCUCAGAUAUCAGAACCAAAUUGCAGCGGUUAGAGGGUUUACAGGCGCUAGGGUUGCCAGACCUAUUGAAGGAAGCAGAGAAAGUAUUCAAUAAGAGAGAAACUCCUGAGGAGCAUGAGGAAAGGAGAUAGCAGAAACAAGAGGAAAGGGAUAAGAAACAACAUAGGGAGAUGAAGAAGGUUCUGGCCGCCGUUGUAUCUCAGGGACAGCGGAGAGAGGGAGACAGGUCGGGAGAACGAAGGAGGCCACCCCUAGAUAAAGAUCAAUGUGCUUACUGCAAGGAGAAGGGACACUGGGCCCGAGAAUGCCCCAAGAAGCCACAAGGACCCCGCCGGCCCAAGCCCAAGACCGUGGACCUCCUUAGUCUGGAGGACUAGGGGGGUCGAGGCCAGGAGCCCCCCCCUGAGCCUAGGAUAACCCUCAAGAUCGGGGGGCAGCCCGUGACCUUCCUGGUUGAUACUGGUGCCGAACAUUCAGUCCUAACUCAUGCCGGAGUGCCUCUUAGCUGGCAUUCUGCACUGGUGCAGGGGGCAACUGGAAACAAGAGAUAUUAUUGGACUAUCGAGAGAAAAGUCCAACUGGCUUCAGGGCAAGUAACUCACUCCUUUCUGCACAUACCUGAAUGCCCCCAUCCGCUGUUAGGACGGGACCUACUAACCAAAUUAAAAGCGCAAAUCUAUUUUGAUGAGAAGGGACCGAGGGUCACGGGUCCUAAAGGAGACCCUCUACAAAUCCUUGCCCUCAAUUUAGAGGAAGAAUACCGUUUGUUUGAGUCAGAACCCCUGGAGAAAUCACCUGAGGAGCUACAGAACUGGUUGAGAGAGUUUCCUCGCGCCUGGGCAGAGACUGGGGGCCUGGGGUUGGCACGCGAUCAGCCACCGCUGAUGAUCUCAUUAAAGGCCUCCGCGACUCCCGUUUCAAUCAGACAAUGCCCAAUGUCACGGGAAGCUCAUGAGGGAAUCAAACCCCAUAUCCGGAGGCUCCUGGACCAAGGGGUGCUGAAGCCCUGUCAGUCCCCAUGGAACACCCCUCUCUUGCCUGUUAGGAAACCGGGGACAGGGGACUACAGGCCAGUCCAGGAUUUGAGAGAGGUCAAUAAGCGGGUGGAGGACAUACACCCCACGGUGCCUAACCCCUAUAACCUUCUGAGCACCCUCCCACCGACCCACGUCUGGUACACGGUACUAGACCUGAAAGAUGCCUUCUUUUGUUUGAGACUACACCCUCAAAGUCAACUACUGUUCGCCUUUGAAUGGAGGGACCCAGAACAAGGGCUCUCGGGACAACUAACCUGGACCCGGCUCCCUCAGGGCUUCAAAAAUAGCCCAACCCUCUUUGAUGAGGCCCUACAUGCAGAUUUGGCCGGGUUCCGGGUCGAGCACCCAACCCUGACCCUGCUCCAGUACGUGGAUGACCUACUCCUGGCAGCCAGGAGUCGAACCGAGUGCCUGGAGGGCACUCGGGCCUUACUGGCCAGACUUGGACAGAAGGGUUAUAGAGCCUCGGCCAAGAAGGCUCAAAUAUGCCGAGACAAGGUUACCUACCUGGGCUACACCCUGAGCGGGGGGCAAAGGUGGCUAACAGAAGCAAGGAAGGAGACGAUAAUCUCCAUCCCCCCUCCUCAGAACCCCCGCCAAGUUCGAGAGUUCCUGGGUACGGCUGGGUACUGCCGCCUUUGGAUUCCUGGCUUUGCCAAACUGGCAGCCCCAUUAUACCCCCUCACUAAACCAGGGGCCAUGUUCCAAUGGGAAGAGGAGCAUCAGAAAGCAUUCCAACAGAUCAAGAAGGCCUUACUUGAGGCCCCGGCUCUGGGUCUGCCAGAUCUUACCAAACCCUUUGAACUGUUUAUAGAUGAGAACUCGGGCUUUGCUAAAGGGGUGCUGGUGCAAAGACUGGGACCUUGGAGGAGACCUGUGGCGUACUUGUCCAAGAAGUUGGACUCGGUGGCUACAGGAUGGCCUCCAUGCCUCCGCAUGGUGGCAGCCAUUGCCAUAUUACUCAAGGAUGCUGGGAAACUAACUUUGGGACAGCCGUUGACUGUGCUGGCUUCCCAUGCAGUGGAGGCCGUGGUCCGCCAACCUCCGGACAGAUGGCUUUCCAACGCCAGAAUUACUUACUACCAGGCCUUACUACUGGACUCAGACCGGAUAAAAUUUGGACCGAUAGUCUCCCUUAACCCUGCCACCUUGCUACCGCUACCUAGCCCCUCCAAGGGACAUGACUGCCUCCAGAUUCUAGCCGAAGUACAUGGCACCCGCCCUGACCUGACAGAUCAGCUGCUUAAGGACCCUGACGUUGUCUGGUACACAGAUGGGAGCAGUUUUCUGGAAGAGGGGGAACGCAGAGCCGGGGCAGCUGUUACCACCGAAUCAGAAGUGAUAUGGGCAUCGUCGCUCCCGCCUGGGACAUCGGCCCAACGUGCAGAACUAAUUGCGCUUACGCAAGCCCUCCAGAUGGCAGAAGGUAAGAAGCUCACAGUUUAUACUGACAGCAGAUACGCCUUCGCCACUGUACAUGUCCACGGGGAAAUCUACAGACGGAGGGGUCUGCUGACAUCUGCGGGUAAGGAGAUCAAGAACAAAAAAGAGAUCCUAGACCUCUUAAAGGCCCUGUUCCUUCCACUCCAACUCAGUAUUAUCCACUGCCCAGGGCAUCAGAAGAAUGACUCCGCGGCGGCCAGAGGGAAUCGAUUGGCGGACCUGACUGCCCGAACAGUAGCUUCCCAGCCAGUAGAGAGCAGCCAGUUGAUGGCUAUCCAAGAACCACAGUCUGAGAGAGACCCCAUGCCCUAUAGCCCAGAAGACCAUGAGCUAGCAAAGAAAAUGGGGGCGGGCUGGGAACAACGGAGGCAAGCCUAUAUAUUAGGGGACCGGGUGGUCAUGCCAACCUCCCAUACCCGAUAUAUGCUGAGAUUCCUCCAUGCGUUGACCCAUUUGAGCAGAAACAAAAUAAAGGCCCUAUUAGACAGAGAAAACACCGGGACAGUACUACUGAACCAGGACCGGGUGCUUCAGCAGGUAACUUCUACCUGCCCAGCCUGUGCCCAGGUCAAUGCAGGAAAAAUUCAUCUAAACAAAGGGGCCCGCCAAAGAGGCCAUCGUCCUGGUGUACAUUGGGAAAUAGACUUUACAGAAAUAAAACCCGGACUCUACGGGUACCGGUACCUCCUGGUCUUCGUGGACACCUUUUCAGGAUGGAUUGAGGCAUUUCCAACCAAGAAUGAAACGGCUAACGUGGUAAUAAAGAAACUGUUGGAAGAGAUCUUCCCCAGGUAUGGGAUGCCUCAUAUAUUGGGGUCGGACAACGGGCCUGCCUUCGUCUCUCUGGUAAGUCAGAAAGUGGCCAAAUUAUUGGGGGUUAAUUGGAAACUCCAUUGCGCAUACCGCCCCCAGAGUUCAGGACAGGUAGAGCGAGCUAAUAGGACAAUUGAGGAGACUUUAACCAAAUUAACGCUUGCAACUGGCACUAGAGAUUGGGUGCUCCUACUUCCCUUGGCUCUUUACCGAGCCCGGAAUACUCCUGGGCCGCACGGCCUAACCCCUUUUGAAAUUCUAUAUGGGGCCCCACCUCCAGUCGUGAAAUUUCUCCAUCCUGAUAUCUCAUCUUUUGCCACCAGCCCCACUUUAGAGGCACAUCUACAGGCCCUCCAGCUGGUGCAGAAGGAGAUCUGGAAACCCUUGGCUAAAGCCUACCGAGAGCAGCUGGACAAGCCGGUGGUCCCCCACCCUUUCCAGGUUGGGGACUCCGUUUGGGUCCGGCGCCACCAGACUAAGAAUCUAGAGUCACGGUGGAAGGGGCCCUACACUGUCUUGCUGACCACCCCCACUGCACUCAAAGUCGACGGGAUUGCUGCAUGGAUCCACGCCUCUCAUGUGAAGGCUGCCGGGGAGACCGACCCAGCAGGAUCCAGAGAAUCAACAUGGACAGUGUACCGCACACAGAACCCCCUAAAAAUAAGGUUGGCCCGCGGCUCCUCUUCCUCCCCCUCUUCUUGCUCUCUGUCUACCCCCAGGGGACUAGGGCGGCAGAGAGCCCGCACCUAGUCAAGAAACUCACUUGGCAGGUCAUCUCACAAACUGGGGAAACGGUCUGGCAGACGACCGCCCUUCAUACCCCCUUUACAUGGUGGCCCCCCCAACCCCUGACUUCUGUCAGUUGGCAUUGAAUUCGGGACUCUGGGGGGUUGAGGGCAUUAAGCUUGAUGCCUUAAACUCCUCCACCCACCCGGGGGGGGGUGCAUUGGCCGGAUCCGGGAUGCCGUCACCCUCAAGCAAGAUGUAGAUUCGCCCAGUCGGACUUUUAUGU